CCAUCUUCCCACAGAGCUUACUGCAUUCCAAGAGAUCGCCAGGUAACCUAGCCUGGGCAUGUGAGGUGUGGAACGGGUCAGGAGGUGAAUCUGACUUUGGUCCCCUGGCGCCGGGGAGGGCGGCUCUGGGCCCCGAGCCAGGCCGGUCUGCUGAACUCUAAAGCGCUACCCAGACAUCCACUAGCUCUCUCCCAGAGGCAGGGCCCUGACCCUGCAGGAUGGCUAGGCUGACUGUCCGCUGGGAGUCCAAGGCGCGUAUCGAAGUCGCCCGACAGGGAGCACUCUGCGUACUAGGCUGCCGGCCUGGCCUCAUUCUCCUGGGUCUGCGAGCUUUUCUGGCCCACCUGGCUCAGCGCUGAGGCUCCCCACGAGAGAGCGCAGGCUCGGCAGGCGCCCCUGUCCCGAAGGCGUGUGUGUGGGUGAGCCUUCUACAGCAAGUUGUGGGUAGGCGCGCAGCCCUCCCACCACCUCGAGUCCUUGCUCGCCUCCGCGUCUCCAGAGCGGGAGUGAAGACGCGCCGCCGAGAGAACCGCAGCCCAGGGUCUUGCAGCUGGAGCGCCAGCUGUCCGCGGGUGCCCGCGAAUCCGUAUUGGGCCGGGACGCCCCUCCCCCGCUUCGGGCCCGCCCCGCCCCCGCCCGCUGCCUAGGCGCCCGGCGGAGGGCGCGGAGCAGAAGCCCGGCGUCCGCGGGUUGAGUGGGGCGCCCGCAGGGAUGUGCGCCCUUGUGCGGCCCUCGUCCCCGGGCCCGGGCGCGGUGCGACUCCAUGGCAGAUAGCGGAGGCCUGGGCACCGGGGCCGGACCCGGGGCAGCACUCGGGGCGCUCCGCGCGCCCCUGGCGCUCCUGGUGCUGGGACUUGGCGCCUACUGCCUCUCCGCCCUUCCGGGACGCUGCCCGCCGGUCGCCCGCGUCCCCACUUCGCCCCCGGCUCCGGCCCAGCUGCCCGGUGCGCACCGCCUGACCUUGGCCAGCGGCCCCGGCCGCCGGCGCUUCCCGCAGGCACUCAUCGUGGGAGUGAAGAAGGGCGGCACGCGAGCGCUGCUGGAGUUCCUGCGGCUGCACCCCGACGUCCGCGCGCUUGGCUCGGAGCCCCACUUCUUCGACAGGUGUUAUGAGCGCGGCCUCUCCUGGUACAGGAGCCUGAUGCCACGUACCCUGGAUGGGCAGAUCACCAUGGAGAAGACACCCAGCUACUUUGUGACGCAGGAAGCUCCUCGUCGAAUUCAUAGCAUGUCCCCAGACACGAAGCUGAUUGUUGUGGUACGGAACCCGGUGACCCGGGCCAUCUCUGACUAUGCCCAGACACUUUCCAAGACCCCAGGACUGCCCAGCUUCCGUGCCCUGGCCUUCCGCCAUGGUCAGGGCCCUGUGAACACAGCCUGGAGUGCUGUGCGUAUCGGUCUGUAUGCCCAGCACCUGGACAACUGGCUGCGCUACUUCCCUCUGUCCCACUUCCUGUUUGUUAGUGGUGAGCGGCUGGUCAGUGACCCAGCUGGAGAGGUUGGCCGGGUACAGGACUUCCUGGGCCUCAAACGGGUUGUCACGGACAAGCACUUCUACUUCAAUGCCACCAAGGGCUUCCCCUGCCUCAAGAAGGCCCAGGGAAGCAGCCGUCCCCGCUGCUUGGGCAAAUCCAAAGGCAGGCGCCACCCCCGCGUGCCCCAGGCGGUGGUCCAGCGCCUGCAGGACUUUUACAGGCCUUUCAAUCGCAAGUUCUACCAGAUGACUGGCCAGGACUUUGGCUGGGACUAAACAAGGCCCAGCUAGCCCUGCCCUGGAUGCUUGGAACCUUAAUUUAUGUCUGCCCACUGGCCAGAGAAGCUUCCCCACGCAUGCUCUGGAGAAAAAAUAUUUAAGAAAUAAAGUCUGGGGGCUGGGGAUUUAGCUCAGCGGCAAGGCGCCUGCCUGGCAAGUGCAAGUCAUGAGUUCGAUUUUCCGGUACUGGGAAACAAACAAACAAACAAACCCCAAAGAAAUAAAGCUGGAUCCACAUUCUUCCACUUGACCUUGA